CGGUGAUGAGACGCGGGCGGAGUUUACAACAACCACUGAGAGGAGAAAUAGUGGAAAAGAUAGGCUAAUGUAGGCUACUGUAAAUAUCAAACCAUACUUGGCCGGCCAGUGUUUAGUGGGGACUAGGGAAUGGUUAUAAACGUGCCUGGAAACGAUGCAACUUUAUAAUGUGCAGUAGUAGCUUUCAAAGUUUAGAGGUCAAGUUUACAGAAGAGAAGCUUGGACGUUGUAAACGCAGAAGACCGUCAUGAUGACGAAUGAGAAUCUGCGGCAGAAACAAUGUUUCCACUCUGCAUCCUAGGAUCAUCAAUUACGCGCGUGUGUAUACGUAUUAUUUCAAGAAUGUGUGUAAUGCAAAAAGAUAAACCAGAGACUAGAGUGCGAGUACCCUAACGGAUCUGUCCAAGUGCACUCUAAAAUCAGUCAAAAUGCACGCAGUUACCAGCCUCUCAAUGGUCAGUUUGCUAAGUUUUGGCUACCUAUCCAUGGACUGGAUCAAGCCGAAUCAAGUGGAGGAGCACACUCAAAACGAUGCCUCUAUUACGUUUGAGCCUAAGCAACCACCACACAUUAUAUUCAUACUGACGGAUGACCAAGGCUUCAAUGACAUAGGUUAUCACAACCCGGACAUUCGGACUCCAACUCUGGACAAACUGGCCGCGGAGGGGGUGAAGCUGGAGAAUUACUAUGUUCAACCUAUCUGCACUCCGUCACGCAGUCAGUUGAUCACGGGCAGAUACCAGAUCCACACAGGCCUCCAGCACUCUAUCAUCCGGCCUCGCCAGCCCAACUGCCUCCCACUGGACAUGACCACGCUCCCACAGCGGCUGCAGGAAGCGGGGUACGCUACUCACAUGGUGGGCAAAUGGCACCUUGGCUUCUACAGGAAGGAGUGUCUGCCCACACGCCGAGGCUUCCACAGCUACUUUGGUUCUCUGACGGGCAGUGUGGACUACUACACAUAUGGCUCCUGUGACGGACCAGGCCUGUGUGGCUACGACCUCCACGAGGGUGAAACCGUGGCCUGGGGCCGUGGAGGCAAGUUCUCCACCCACCUCUACACGCAGAGGGUACGCAAGAUCCUAUCCACUCACGAUCCGUCCCGCCAGCCCCUGUUCAUGUUCCUCUCCCUCCAGGCUGUCCACACGCCCCUUCAGUCACCCAAGGCCUACAUCUACCCCUACCGCGGGAUGGGGAACGUAGCCAGAAGGAAGUACGCAGCCAUGGUGUCCAUCGUCGACGAGGCUGUGCGCAAUGUCACCUACGCUCUGCGCAAGUACGGCUACUACCGCAACAGUGUGCUCAUCUUCUCCACUGACAACGGUGCCCAGCCGUUCACUGGGGGGAGUAACUGGCCCCUGCGAGGGCGUAAGGGGACCUACUGGGAGGGAGGGGUCCGUGGAGUGGGCUUCGUACACAGCCCCCUGCUGCGUCACAAGCGGAGGGUUUCCAAGGCCCUCUUGCACAUCACUGACUGGUACCCAACCCUGGUUGGUCUGGCUGGGGGUAACGUGUCACAGACUGAGGGUCUUGACGGCUACAAUGUAUGGCCAACUAUCAGUGAGGGCAGGGAGUCCCCACGCCUGGAGAUCCUCCAUAACAUUGACCCACUCCACCGGCGCUCUGGCCUGGCGUCUGGGUCUGGACAGGAGGCCCAGCAUGUGUGGGACACCUCGGUCCAAGCUGCCAUCCGGGUGGGGGACUGGAAGCUGCUAACAGGGGACCCGGGCCAUGGAGACUGGGUCCCACCACAGGUACUGGCCAACUUCCCAGGCAGCUGGUGGAACCUGGAGCGGAACACUGAGGGAACAGGGAAGUCUGUGUGGCUCUUCAACAUCACAGGAGACCCCUAUGAACGCAGUGACCUGGCGCUGCAGAGGCCUGAUGUGGUCAAGAAGCUGCUAGAACGUCUGGCCUACUACAACUGCACUGCCGUCCCUGUUAGGUUCCCCGCCGACGAUCCCCGGGCCAAUCCAGACCGCAACGGGGGGGCCUGGGUACCCUGGGUCGGGGGGGACGAGGAUGAGCCGAAAUGGAACGGGGUUUAUAAGAAAGGGAGGAAUAAAAAGAAGAAGAAAUGCAAGCUGUGCAAACUGAGAUCCUUUUUCAAGAAACUGAAUACAAGGAUAAUGUCCAAUAGAAUAUGAGGUGGGAAAGUCAAUGACACUCAGUCACAAGUAGCCUAUACAUUUUACACUGCAAGAGUAAUCUGAGCCAGCAAACACGUUGUGUGUGUGUGACAAUGGAAAAUGAUGUUUACUAUACUGCAUCUCUUUGAGUGUGCUGUCAUAUGUGUUUUGGAUGUAGGACUAUUGGGUUCUAUUGUGUUUAUUACAUGUUCUAUGUGAUCCACUUGUAGUGCGGAGCUAAGUGAAUUCAACAUGUUUAUGUUGACCUACUCACUUGGGGUUAUUUCAGCAGUAGUGACAUGAACUGACCUGUUUUUCUUUUCUAUAUUUUUGAAAAUAUCUAAGUAAAGAAACAACUGUUUUAA